AUACUAGCUUAAUGAAGGCACACAAGAGACGUUUGUUGUGCACACGUGUCAUAAUAUCAACCCUCUCUUUCGCUCUCCACCAAAGCUUCCUCUCUCUUUUUCUCGUGUCUCCUCGACGACUCCGAAGGCAUCUGGUGAUCUCUCCUCGGCGAUGACCUCUCUGCGACGGAAUCAACCGAUGAUGAGUCGUCGAUGGAAUCAGCCGGCGUUUCUAGUGGUUGAAUCGUCGUUUCUGUCGCUCUCCUCGACGCCUCCGUCUCUCUCUCGAUCUCCUCAACGACGACGCCUCCGCGUCUCUCUGGCUCUCCUCGACGGCUCUCCUCGACGGCUCACCUCGACGAAAUCAAAUCCAAAGAUGGACGGAUCCAGAGGCAUGAAGCUUCUUCAAAGAAGGUCACAGAACAAUUACACUACAGAUGGACGGAUCCAGAGGCAUGAAGCUUCUUCAAAGAAUAUCACCGAACAAUUACAAUACAGGUCAAGACGAGUGUGGCAUUGUAGAUUCACGGAGUAGACAAAGUCACGGGCCAAGAAGAGUGUGACGUUGUAUUCUUGUGUUGUGUCAGUUCACGGAUUGUAAAACUUCUGUUGUCUUGUGUAUCAGUCACGGGCCAAGACGAGUGUGGCAUUGUGUAUCACCUGUCUAGUGGAAGCUUUGUUGUGUUUUGUUGUG